AUGGGAGGCAGUGAUAAAGGAAAUGAUCACCCCUGCCAGAGCGGCCAAGAAGUGGGAGAACCUGAAAAAGACCUACAAGCUCCUGUCCACACUGCUGAUCAGGCUGAGAUCACCAUCGCUGACGCAGAUGUUGUGCAGGAUGGCGCAACAGGCAGUCACCUCGACUGCAAAGAUCGUGCCCGUGCAUGCCACGGGGCUUUAUUCUGA